CGGGUCAUCUUCCUCAUCGCCGGAGCGUUUUUCUGGCUGGUGUCUCUGCUGCUGUCCUCCCUGGUCUGGUUCAUCUCGGUGCAGAUCAGUAACAAGGAAAAUGCGGCGCAGCAGAAAGGUCUCCUCAUCUUCGGCGUGGUGCUGUCCGUCCUGCUGCAGGAAGCCUUCCGCUUCGGUUACUACAAGCUGCUGAAGAAAGCGAAUGAAGGCCUCCUCACUCUCAGUCAGGAGGAGACCAUGCCCAUCUCCAUACGACAGCUGGCUUACGUGUCCGGCCUCGGGUUCGGCUUCAUGAGUGGAGCCUUCUCUGUGGUGAACAUCCUGGCUGACUCUGUUGGGCCGGGGACGAUUGGGAUCCACGGUGACUCGCAGCAUUACUUCCUGUCCUCAGCCUUCAUGACCAUGGCCAUCAUCCUCCUUCACAUGUUCUGGGGCGUCGUCUUCUUUGACGCCUGUGAGAAGCAGCAGUGGUGGGCGGUGGCUGCGGUCGUGGUCAGUCACCUCGUGGUGUCUUGUCUGACCUUCCAGAACCCGGGCUACGUGGCCAGCCUCGUCCCCACCUACGUCAUCUUGUUCCUGAUGGGCGCCUGGGCGUUCUACUCAGCGGGGGGCUCGCUCAGGAACCUCAAACUCUGCCUCACCUGCAAAGACAAGGACUUCCUGCUCGCCAACAACCGGCCGAGAUAACGCAGCAUGCCGGGCAGCGUGCAGGACUCAAUCCCAGAGACCCCCCAAGUUCACACGUUCACACACACAAGCACUGAGCCGAGCGCUGUGGUGGUUUCACCUGAGAGGUCGUUAUAAAGAGUCAAAGCAGCUCUGAGGCUCAGUUUGAUUUAAAAUGCGGUUUUACUAAAUAUUAAUUGUGUCCCAAUGUUUGUCACCUGAUGCUCUCAAAAGAAACAGAAGAGCAAACCCACAAAACAUAUUUGAUGUCGGAGACUUCACGUUCUCACGUGACACAUUCUUUUCUGACGGUUAAAUCUUUCUGAGAGAGGAUUUAAUCAGUCAUCUGUAAAUAUUGAUGCAUUCCCUGAUGUGUAGAUAGUGGGAAGUUUUAAUCUUUUUUUCUUCAAGUUGUGAUGAACCAUCUUUAGUCUGUGAGAAGUUGCCUUUGACUGCUGUUAAUCUUCAUCCAGUGAGUCCAGUUAGUCUUCGAGACUACGUCUUCUCCUCCUCUUCACAUGAAGGGAUUUAUGUCUCAAACAAAUAUCACAGUUUCUAGUUUGCUCAAUGCACCAUUUGUUAAACCCUUUUUAUGUAAAGAAAAUUCAGUUUCUGUCUCACUGCUGUUUCCUUCCUGAGGGACGAGCGGUUCAAACCAAAACGAAAGACAAGCGGAGCAGAGAUUAUAAAAUCAACACUGAUCCGAAAUUCAAAUUUGACCUUUUUUAAAACGCUCUGAAACAGAAACUGUCGGUUCACAUUAAGCCACUUAAAUCAUAUCUUAACGUACUUGAGUCGAGUUAAACUCUCGGCACAGUUACAGAUAUAAGUUUUAUGAAUCGUGUGCGUUUUCUUUUCAGCACUGCAAACUCAUGAGUGAGAACUCAAUCAGGCUGAAGCUGAGACUUAGAUAACGAUGGAUGACGUGAAGUAGAGAUCCGGGAGCGGAGCCACGAUAUAGUCAAAUCUCAUCUGUCAAUCAUCCCUUUUGUAAUGUCACCAGAUAACUAAUUAGUACAAAACUUAUCAGAAACACUGGAACAAGCAUCGUUGUGGUAAGAAAAAACUAAAAUGACUGAGAAACCUCUGACGUGUACUGUGAUGCUUUAUUUUGUUCCAUGUCCCAUCUGGGUACGCAGUGAGGAGGGAUUUUUGAGCUGUACUCGAGGCAGCCACCAGGGGCGCUCAAGACUCUGUAGCUUUUCUUUUGGAAGGCGUCAUGUCGUCCAUCGUUAUUUAACGACCGUUGGCUGAAGGACUGAUUCACUGCUCUUUAAAUGUUCAAUGUCUUUGUCGGCUUUUUUUUUUGUUCUACUUGUUUGUGGACGAGUGAAGGAGAAAAUCUGAACAACGUUUUUAGAAAAUCUGCAAGAUGAAUGUUUUUCUUUGCUCCUGUUGUUCUUGUUGAGCCACAUGAUCACAUGACCAUUCUGUACAGAUCCCUGUCGGCUGUGUUUCACCAGGAUGGACGAUGGAUGUUAGCGGCGAGUUAAAGAUGUAAAUAAUCUUUUGCGUGCUGUGUGUGUGUUUUUCUACGGCUUCGGCCCAACACUUAGUCUGUCACUCACCUGUCAGAUGAUUAGGUACACCUGAGCCUAUAAAGCAAUGUAGACAAAAUAAAUCGAGACGUGUUGAUUCA